AUGCCCUCCAUCGACCCCCCAACGCGAAAAGCUACAGCCCGCUUCGGCAUCCCCAACGCCCGCCUCCCCCCCUCCCUCGACCCCUCCUCCUUCCUCAUCUACACCCCCGGCCUGCCCGAGAACCCUCGCCCCCAAGAGACGAUCGACAUCCAGCUACACGAUAUCCGCCACGAGAUGGUCGAGGGUCCAAGGGCGGUUUAUGAUCAAGUGCACGAGAGAGGGUGGGCUGUUGCGGGGCAUGAAAGUCGGUUUGUGGGGGAGAUUGGGGGUCUUGAGGGCGCUGAGAGGUAUCGGGAGGAGACUUGCGAAUUGAUGCGAAGCUAUCUCAACUGUACACAAGUCUACCAAUGGAAUUCCACCGUCCGCAAAUCCGACCGUAAACAAUCCACCAUCGUCGACCGACAAAAAGGGCCCGAAGAAGGUUUCCUACCGACUAGUAUCAUACAGCCCCCUGCCAGUCAUGCUCAUGUGGAUCAAGAUGAAAUAUGGGCGCCGAAUGUUGUACGGAUGGCUACGAAGCAAGAUCCUACAACGUUCAAGCGGAGCCCCGUGACCAGCUCCCCCCUCUGCAUGCUCCACUUCCCCACCCUCUCCCCCUCCGACACCGCCAAACAAGAAUCCCAAUUCGGCACCGGUAUCCAGAUCCACUACGCCCCCUCCCAGAAAUGGUGCUACCUCCGGCACAUGACACCCGACGAGAUCGUCGUCUUGAAAUGCUAUGACAGUUUGCAAGGCUCGGAUGGGGGUGCGUUGUAUGCGGGGCAUGUGGCGGCGGAGAUGGAUGAUUCGGAGGGGGUUGAGGAGGGGUUGGUGGGGCCGAGGGAGAGUAUUGAAGUCAGGAUGGUUGCUGUUUGGGAGUAG